AUGGAAGUGCCGCAAGAUGGCGACUUGAUGCCCUGCAUACCGGAGCAGGCGUUGCCCAACAGCGGUGGUGGCCAGCGUAGCUCCAUCACUACCUUGGCUCUGAGUGGCGACCUUUCAAACCCAGAUGAAAGCAUUGCGAGCUCUUCGAAAGACUUUCCUGCUGCCGUAAAUAUCACAAGCCCUCGUCCAAAUAACGGGAUCAGAGCUUCUACGGCCCUCCUGCCCCUGUUUCUAUCGCAUCCAACAGUAUCGGUUCUCAAGUCGAUCAUUGCUCAGCCGGCACUGGAGAUACAGAAUUCCGAUUCUUUUUGGAAAGCUCAAUUGACGAAUCUCCUCCCCACUCAGAACCAGUGCGAUAUGCUCGUGGCUUUCUAUCUGGAGAACAUCAACUGGCUGUAUCAUGCUGUUCAUGUGCCUCUAUUUCGUCGCCAGUAUUAUCGCUUAUGGACGGCACCAGUAGAACAAGUCGACUUGAUUUGGCUCUCGCUGCUCUUUGCAAUGCUCUCUCUUUCGGCCCUUUACGUACCCCCGACAGUGGCUGAAGCUGCCGGCCUCGAACCAGAAGCAAUUCGACGCCUAGCUCACACGUGGCAUGGUGCCAGCCGCCAAGCUUUGUUCAGUGGCGGCUUCGAGUCACGCCCAAGGCUGCUCCAGCUGGCGACCUUUCUCGUUAGCCAGCUCUACUGGCUCUCUACCAAGAACGGCGAGGCGAUGAACUCGUGCCUUGGCCAAGCAGUGCGAAAUGCACAGGCCCUACAGCUGGAUCGCGACAAAGUCGCAUCGCCCCUUGAGACUGAGCUGCGUCGUCGUGCUUGGUGGGAGCUGUGCUGCUGCGAUACAUUCCAGUCCUUAUGCUUUGGCCGCACGCCUCUUAUCUCGGGCGGCGCUAUGUCGCGAGUAUCAUUUCCAGCCAACAUCGACGACGCGGCCCUUCCUGAUGAGACCAAGAUGACCAUCACGCCGCGGCCGGACAACGAGCCCACCGAUAUGAGCGCAAAGAUCGCGCGCGCGGAGGUCUUUCGGAUCUUCCACAAACUCUAUACCGAUGACGGAUCUCAUAUGUCAAGUUGGAGCUAUGUUUCCGGGAUCGAUGCUGAGGUUCAAGCGUGGCUGGGAAGGCUUCCUUGGUUCUUCUGUUCAUCGGCGUGGCAGACGGACACUGGAUACGGGCAUACUUUGUUGUUGCAGAGUGAAACAACUCAGCAGCAUUUUAACACCACGCCGAGGCCGAACAACAUUCGGUGGUCUCACUAUGUCCUUCACUCCUGCGUCUGCAUACAGAGGAUCCGCAUGGCCCGCCCGUUUCUUGGCCUUCAACACGAGUCUCACAUUCGAGACGAGGCCCUGCGCAUUUGUCUACAAGCCUCGCGUUCGAUCCUGGAUGAUUACAAGCAUCUACGAGAGGGUCGACGUUCGAGUCCACGAUUUCACGUGCUAUCUUAUCAGUCAUACAGUGCAGCUGUGCAGUUAGCUGCGUUUCUGCUGGUCGAGCAGACAUUUGAAACAGAGGAGCCAACAAUCCGGGAAGAUAUUGAAAUGGUCAUUAAGGAUCUGGAUGCAUGGGUUGACAGUGGCCCCAUGAUAGCUGACGGACAGCGAGUCUUGAAAAUCAUGCUCCAAAUCUGCGACAUGAGGCAUCUCGGUGGUGCUCAAGGGCAGGCCGGCCCUGUCCCUCACCAGGAAGAGCUCGCGACGGAGAUAGGCCCUGUGUUUGGCGGCGGAGAGAGCACAGCCCGGAAGUAUUUACGGCGCUGUGAUAUCAAUUACUUGCUAAACCAGGACUUCUCUAGCGCAGGCACUUUGGGCGCAGGAACAUCGACAGAUAGCGAGCUGGACAGCUUAUUCGAUUUUGAUGUGCCAUUAGAUAUGCUGAGUGUUGAACAGUGGGACUUCCUACUGCAUGGUACAAGCUUUGUUACAAAUUCAUUCUAA